AUCUAAAAAAAAGAGAGCUUCCCCAGUACUGUGCUACUGAUUACAGAGUGAAAGAAAACAAAUCGGUAUUCUCCGCCAAAACAGUCAUAAAAAGUGUCUGCCGUUUCCCUUCCUUCUGAAGUCUCCAGCUCAAUCAUCUCUCCUCUUCGAGUUAACUCAUUAAUGGAGUGUUUUGCUCUGAGUUAUGAACGCCGAGUUCCAAUUCUUAUGAUAAUAUCUCCACCCUUGGAGCCUCCUUCUCUGUUUUUGCCAAAUGGUUUUUGCUCAUAGUGUUAUAUGCUUUCCGUCCGUCCGUUUGGGUUCUUUGCUCAAUUAGAGUGUGAUCUCGCCGUUUAUUUGCUUGCAAUCUCACAGAUCUGACGGGACGGGUGCUCUCAAUCAACCGCGUUGGUGAUGUCGGUGCUUGCAGUUUCAAAUACCACCGGAUUAUCAAGAAGAGUCUGGUAUUUGUUUCUGCAGCUUUUCAUCAAUUCAUGUUAUGUAAUCUCCAUCAUCAAUGCUGAUUUAGCUGAUCAUCAGUUUGAAGGACCUAUCUUAUCUCCGUCUAGAGUGCCUUCGGAUGCACCAGCCAUUCCUGAUCUACCCCUCCCAGCCAAUCUACCAUUGUUACAUAAACCACGGGAAAAACAUUUCUCACCUCAUGGUGCACCAACAUUUGUGGUACCACCAGCCCAUCCUCCUAACUAUGGUCCACUGAUAACUUCUGGUCACCCCCCUACUAGUUCAAGCUUGUCUAAACCAUCAAUGAAGAAGAAUGGAUUGGUGCCUCCCAGUGUUGGAUUGGUAGAUGUUGCUCCUACUCAGUCUGGUGAUGGCACAAAUCCUACUGGUUUAGCUCAGCCCCCAUUAUCACCUUCCGUCUCUGAUUGUUGUAAACCAGACAUGGUGCUGAAACGAGGAAGUCAUGAUUGCCACUGUGUGUAUCCAAUAAAGCUUGAUCUUCUCCUUUUGAAUGUCUCACAAAAUCCUAAUUGGAACAUGUUUCUAGAAGAACUAGCUUCCCAGCUUGGCAUGCGAGUUUCUCAAAUUGAGCUGAUAAACUUUUAUGUACUAAGCCUAUCCAGAUUAAAUAUUUCAAUGGAUAUCACUCCUCACACGGGAAUCAGUUUCUCUGCCAGUGAUGCAUCUGCUGUAAACUCUUCACUUACCUUUCAUAAGGUUCAUUUUGACUCCACUCUUGUGGGUGAUUAUAAACUCCUGAAUCUUACUUGGUUUGAACCUCCAACACCUUCACCAGCUCCUAUUGUUGCUUCAUCACCUAUGAAGGCACCGGUAUAUCAAUCUUCAACUUCAUCAGCAGUUGGUUCUUCAAAGAAAGGCAAACAUACAAAUUUGAUUCUUAUUCUGGGUAUUGGUGCUGGUAUUGUGAUUAUUGCCAUUGUAUCUAUGCUUAUAAUUUGUUCGUGCUCAUUCCGCAAAGGGAAGCCUAAAGCAUCCUCUAAAGAAACUGUAAAGCCAAGUACUAUAGAUCCAGCUCCAGCUCCAGCUCCAGCAGCAGGGUCUCUUCCACAUCCUUCAAGUACACGGUUUCUAGCCUAUGAAGAACUUAAAGUAGCAACAAACAACUUUGAACCUGCAAGCAUACUUGGAGAGGGUGGGUUUGGUAGAGUUUUCAAAGGUGUCUUAAGUGAUGGCACAGCUGUAGCAAUUAAGAGGCUUACUAAUGGAGGGCAACAAGGGGAUAAAGAAUUUUUGGUGGAGGUUGAGAUGCUUAGCAGGCUGCAUCACCGUAAUCUUGUCAAACUUGUGGGCUACUAUAGCAGUCGUGACUCUUCACAAAACCUACUGUGCUAUGAGCUUGUUCCAAAUGGAAGCCUGGAGGCCUGGCUCCAUGGUCCUCUGGGGGUAAACUGUCCUCUGGAUUGGGAUACCAGAAUGAAGAUUGCACUUGAUGCUGCAAGAGGACUUGCAUACCUACAUGAGGAUUCACAACCCUGUGUGAUCCACAGAGAUUUCAAGGCAUCCAAUAUAUUGCUCGAGAACAAUUUUCAGGCUAAAGUUGCUGAUUUUGGACUUGCCAAACAGGCGCCUGAAGGCAGAGCAAAUUAUCUGUCUACUCGUGUCAUGGGAACAUUUGGGUAUGUAGCCCCUGAGUAUGCUAUGACCGGACAUCUACUAGUAAAGAGUGAUGUUUAUAGCUAUGGAGUUGUCCUCCUUGAGUUGCUGACUGGAAGGAAGCCUGUUGAUAUGGCACAGCCAUCCGGUCAAGAGAACCUUGUCACUUGGGCCAGGCCCAUUCUGAGAGACAAGGAUCGGUUAGAAGAGCUUGUUGAUCCAAGGCUUGGAGGAAAAUAUCCGAAGGAGGAUUUUGUACGAGUUUGCACAAUUGCAGCAGCUUGUGUGGCCCCCGAGGCAAGCCAGCGACCAACUAUGGGUGAAGUGGUACAGUCUCUUAAAAUGGUGCAGCGUGUAAUGGAAUAUCAAGAUUCCAUGUUAGCCCCCAAUGCCCGGGCCAACCUGAGACAGUCAUCUACUACCUUUGAAUCUGAUGGGACAUCUUCAAUGUUCUCAUCUGGUCCGUACUCUGGUCUAAGCGCCUUUGAUAACGACAACAUCUCUCGGACAGCAGUUUUCUCAGAAGAUCUUCAUGAAGGACGAUGAAUAUCUCAAAGGUAGUCAACUUCGAGACUUUACUUAGUUUGAAGUUUUCUUUUUAUGUCCCAAUACAACAAUGUGAGGAAUUUGAAAAGUUCAAAGUGGGGGAAUAUUUAUUAGGAUUUUUUUUGGGAUAGAUUUUGUAGUUGUGAUUGGUGGGGAGUUGGGGAGUGGCUGUUUUUUGUGUUGCCUUGUGGAUGACCACUGUUAAGUUCUUCUGAAAGCAGUGUGGCUGUUCUCCACAUGGCUGAUGAAAUUUUUUGUAUAUAUGCCUCGUAGCUUGUUAUAUUGGAUGGCCUUCAUGGGUUCUUAUUUAA